AUGGUUCGCUCGCUCGUUCAUUUCUACCGCGAGAUGCAAAAUCAGUUUUUGGUCGCAGUCGCCGUCAUUUGUUGUGAUAAAUUGACAGCGCAGGGUGUUUACGAAGAAGGGCCGAGGGCUUGCUUCGAGAAGGUGUCGUUACUCGUUACGGUACUGUACCAUCAUCCGCGUAAUGAUGAGCGAAGCCAGCCCGGGUGUCGGAACAUUUCAUUUGAUGAGAAGAGUGGGAGAACAGCCAGGGACCGCCUCACCAUGACAGGUCCUCAGUUGCCAGUGGAAGACACCGACAGCUUCACCACGAAACCGCCUUGA